AUGGCGUCGGCAAAAGACAUCUUCAAGCCCGCCCUAAUAGUCGUUGACGUGCAAGAUGAUUUCUGCCCUCCCAAUGGCACCCUAGCCGUCCCCAACGGCCGCGCGAUAAUCCCCACAGUCAACCAUCUGCUCACGCUUCCCUUCGCUGUGAAAAUCGCAACCAAGGACUGGCAUCCGCGGGAUCAUAUAUCAUUCGCAUCAAACCACGUGGGCAAGCGUCCGUUUGUAGAUUUCACCACCGUUGUUAACCCGGAGAAUCCAGAGGAGACGUAUGAGACGAGGCUUUGGCCUGAUCACUGUAUCCAGAAUACGUCCGGUGCGGAGUUGUUGAGUGAGUUGGAUGUGAGAGGGGUGGAUUUGGUGGUGGAGAAGGGGAUGAGACGGGAGGUGGAGAUGUAUUCGGCAUUUUUUGAUCCGUUAAAAAGCCCGAGGGCGUGUGAUAGUGGGUUGGCGGACGUGUUAAGGGAGAGGGGCGUGACGGAUGUUUUUGUCGUCGGGCUGGCGUUUGAUUAUUGUGUGCAGGCUACGGCGAUGGAUAGUAAAGCGGAGGGGUUUACUACGUGUGUUGUGAGGGAGGGGACUAAAGCUGUGGAUGAGGGGACUUGGGGGACGGUAGAGACGAGCCUAGAGGAUGUUGGUGUGAAGGUUGUGGGGUUGGACGGGGAGGAGGUUAGGAGGGUGAAGGAAAGGGUGCUAUGA